AUGACUCCGAAGGCCUUCAAGUUUCGCUCCUUUAUCAAGGUUGCGAAUGUUUCCUCUUCUGACAACGGAGUUGAUCAACUUCUCUUCGCUUUUUAUCUCAAAUACAUGAAGCCUCAAUACGAAACAUGGAGCAUGAUUAAGAUAACAACAGUGAAGGUCACUGGAUCUAUCGAAACUGACAGUUUUCCAAAUGCGAAGUUCAAAGUUAUCAAGGGUUCGGAGAGUCAAGUUCAUGAAAUUACUCUCGCAUAUUUGCCAUGUAUCAAUCCUUAUGACUGGAUCAUGCUCUACAAUAUUUUGAUGCGAGAAGAACAGAAGUACAAACCUGUUGUCAGUUAUCUCAAACUGCUGAUCCUUUCAUAUAUUUAA